AUGAAUUCUGAGGAUUCAUAUGAUGCUGCUUUAGAUCUACUUCGUAGAUUAAAUCCAAGUCGUUUAGAACAUCACUUAAAAAAUCUGAUUCAGUUAGAGCCAACCUUGGCCGAAGACUUGUUAUCGUCUGUUGAUAUUCCUUUAACUAUUAAGCGUGAUCCAAAGGACUCUCAAAAGGAGUAUUUAUGCUGUGAUUAUAAUAGAGAUGCAGAUUCUCACAGAUCACCAUGGUCUAACGAAUAUUUUCCAGAACUAUCUGAACAGGACCUUGAAGAAAGUCCCUUCCCAUCUGAACCUUUAAGAAAAUUAGAAAUACUUUUCAAUGAUUCUUUCGAUGUUUACAGGGACUUAUACUAUGAAGGUGGUAUCUCGAGUGCUUAUCUAUGGGAUGUCGCAGAUGACACAAGUAAUAUUGUUAGAGAUUUUGCAGGUGUGGUAUUGUUCAAGAAAAGUAACCAAAGCUCAAGUUCAUGGGAUAGUAUCCAUGUUUUAGAGGCAACUUUUGAAAAUGAUAAUGAAGUUACCUACAGAAUCACAACUACAAUUCUUUUACGUUUAGAUAAAGACAAUUCAAUCAAAUUAUCUGGUAAUUUAUCCAGACAAACGGAAAAGACAGUUACUAUCAAUGCUUCAAAUAAUGCUGACCAAAUUAAUAUUGCUCAUAUCACCAAUGUCGGUUCCAUGAUUGAAGAUAUUGAAUACCAAAUGAGAAUAUUAUUAGAGGCUGUAUAUUUUGAAAAAACUAGAGAUAUUUUCCAUGAGACUAAGAACGGUGCUGUCUCGACCGAACAAAAGAACAAGACAGCUCAUGAAGAAAUCAUUAAAGGCUUACAAAGUCUAUAA